GUGUUAUCAAAUCAGUUUGACGAAAAGUACCUAACUUUAUGAUGUCUAUGAAUAUGUCUCAUUUGUUUCAACAUUAAUAUCAAUGAAUUCAAUUUAUUCUCAAUCGUCAAAUUGCUGAUAUCAGUCAAUAUUAUUUAGGCAUAAAAUGUUGCCCAGCGUAUUUUUUUGUUCGGUUUUAUGUAUCACAACCACCAUUACAAGAGCUUCAAAUAUAUUAGUGUUUAUGCCAUUACCGAUUAAAAGCCAUUUCCGCGGAUUCCAACCACUGUUUGAAACAUUGUCAAACCGAGGGCAUAAUGUAACCGUAGUCAGUUCAUACCCUCUAGAUCAUUCAGUGGCCAACUACACAGAUAUAGGGCCAUUUAUUGACAAAACAAGAGCGAAAAAUGUAAUGGAUUUGGUACGCAUGAACUUUAUAACAUCGGUUCAAUUAAAAUGGCGUAUUGGUAUACAACUUUCGGAAAUGGUCAUGUCACAUAGAAAUAUGAAACAGUUCGUUCAAUCGAAUUCAAACUCGUACGAUUUAGUUAUGGUUGAAACAUUCGGCCAAGAAUAUGCUGUAGCCAUGGGUCACAAAUUUAAUGCCCCCGUCAUUAAUCUAGCACCUGCGAUGAUCUGGACUAGUAUUAGCAAAUGGUUGCACGUCCCUUCCACGUUUUCGUACAUACCGGAUGCGUGUACGCAACCAACCACCAACAUGGGUUUCGUCGAACGUUUAAAGAAUACUAUUACUGGGCUUAUGCAAUUAUAUGUAGAAAACUACUUGUAUUUGCCCAAAACGAAGGAAGUGAUGAACACAUACCUCAAAUAUAGGAACUGGGAAUCCAGACCUCCGCUUGAGAAUAUGUUGAAUAAUGUAUCUUUAACACUGGUCAAUUCUCAUAAUGCGAUUGGUAUAUCUAGACCAUACCUUCCGGGCAUUAUUGAAGUAGGUGGGAUGCACAUUAAAGAUCCAAAAUCUUUACCCAAAAAUCUUCAAACAUUUUUAGAUGCAGCAAAUCAAGGAGUAAUAUUUUUUAGUUUUGGUACGCUAGUUAAUUUAAAUGACUUACCUAAAGAAAAAUUAAAAAUUUUUAUUAAUGUUCUUGGAAGAUUAAAACAAAAAGUAAUAAUAAAAUGGACACCCGAAGACAGUAAUGUAAAACUGCCUCAAAACAUCAUGACUGGUUCGUGGUUUCCACAGAGGGAUAUUUUAGCUCACCCAAAUGUAAUACUUUUCAUUACUCACGGAGGAUUACAUAGCUUAGAAGAAACUGUUUGUAAUGCAAAACCUGUAGUUGGAGUACCUUUUUUCGCUGAACAAAAUUUUAACAUGAAAAUAGUCGAAGAAAUAGGUUAUGGUAAAUUAGUAAAUUUUUUUGAAAUUACUGAAGAAUCUUUUGAAAAUACCAUCAAAGAAGUGUUGUCCAAUGAGAUGUUUAAGGAGAAAGCAAUUAUACAGAGUCAUGUGUACAAAGAUCAACCGAUGAAACCCCUUGAUCAUGCUGUUUACUGGGUCGAGUAUGUUAUACGGUACGGCGGGGCUGGACAUUUAAAAAGUGACUCCAUAGGAUUAAAUGAUUUACAGUAUUUUUUGUUCGACGUAUUAUUAAUUUUACUUCUGUCUAUUGGACUAAUUGCUUGGUUGUGUAAUUUUAUAUUUGCAAAAUGUAUAUAUUUAGUCAAACUGAGUCUUGACAGUUGUACAACACCGUCGACACCGGACACGACCACUUCACAGAUCAAAACUUUAAUGGACUAG